GUUUGUUUUUUUUUUGAGGGUUUUAAAAAAUGUUGUUUCUUCCUGAUUAGACAGAUCGUACGUCAAAUUGUAAGAUGAUGUUAUCGAUGGAACUGAUAAGGAGUGGAAGCCAAACUUAACUCAAUGUCGACAAAUUAUUCAUCAAGUUUGGUGCCUAAUUGUAUACAACAAUCGCAGUCGCCUGUUCAUCAAAACAAUGAUAUACAGCGUAACACAAAUCGUACACCGGUAAACACAACAAAUCAUUCACCAGGAGGCAACAGUAACAAUACGACAACCACAUCUCAAACGAAAAGUAAUCAACAAUUAAAAUCGCCCGUAGCAAAACGUCCAGCAAACGCAUCAGUAACACUUCAAGGCUGGCUUCACAAACAAGGCUCAGACGGUUUACAAUUAUGGCGUAAACGUUGGUUUGUUUUAAGCGAACUAUGUUUGUACUAUUACAAGAGUACCGAAGAGGAUAAAUUAUUAGGCAGUGUAUUAUUACCAUCAUAUCGUGUGUCAGAAUGUCGACCGGAAGACAAAGUUGUCCGCAAAUUUGCAUUCAAAUUGGAGCAUGCAAAUAUGCGUACAUAUUUAUUAGCUGCCGAUAGCCAUAAGUCAAUGUUACAAUGGGUAUGUGCCUUAAAUUUAGCAUGUAUGCUCCAACUGCCCAUCAACAAUCCACAAAAAAAUAUCGAAUCACCCGCGACACCUCAACAACAAUCUCAUAAUUCGCAAAAAAUCCAAAAUAAUCAAAAACAACAAUCAACUACUGGGGCGUCAGCAUCAACACCGAAUCACUUUCAACCGUUAUAUGAAAAUGCACCACCGAAACCGCGACGUGUUUCGGAAUCAGUACGAUACAUGGAUCCCCAACAGUAUGGAAUGGAUUAUCCACAUCAAAAAUACUCACAUAUUAUUUACGCGAACCAGCAUAUUGAUCCCAGAAUGCAACAUCACAUGACUACAUCACCGUCCCCGCAACAGCAACAGUAUCAACAUGUAAUUGCCGAACAACGACGGACCCCCGAUACGUAUGGGCGGUCUAUGUCUAUGUCACAUUACGAUCACGGUAUGGUUGGAAUGCGUGCUGUUGGAAUCCAACAAAAAAUCCAUCAUCCAGAUUACGAAGAUGUUUAUAAUGUGAAAAGUGACCUGUACGAACCGCCUAGGAGUCCGUUAGCCUACAAUCAUAUUAAAAAUGAUUGUCCAAAUUUACAAUCAAUGCGUCAAUUUCAACAACCUCCGCGAAAUUAUCGGCCUAUAAAUAUUGAGCCGAGUUAUCGUCCACAUAAUAUGGAGUAUCGAAGACAACCAGUACGUGAAGUAAUUUCACGGCCUCAUAGCGUUGAUUUUUUGGAACAUAAUAACAGUGAUUACAAUCAAAAAACUCAACCAGAACGGCCUAAAUCCAGUUUGGAUAUCAAUCAAUACAACGAUGAAAAUGAUUUUUACUCAGAGCAGGAUUAUGCAAAUAAAAUGCGACAGUCAUCGAUAUAUUUACAAUAUCGUCCAAUCAAACCAAAUGAAUUUAAAUCACCUACUCCAAUGGCACCCGUUGACAUGAACCAAUGGUACCGUCAGCAACAGCAACAUCAACAUGCGCAACAGCAACACGCGCAGCAACAGGUACAGCAAGAUAUCUACGAACAGCGCCACGAACAAAGACCACAUGCAGCAUAUUUACAUCCAAAUACGUCGUCUUUACACCGAGAUCCUCAACUGCAACAUCAUUAUAUGCAACAUGCAGCCGCUGUAGCGAGAGACCAAAUGGAACAUGUUUACGGGACGUCGCCGCAUCAUAUGAGUGCCCCACAAUAUGGGUCGAUGGGUCAUCCGAUACGAUCACGGAGUAAAUCACCGCAGGUUCGAAUACGACAACAAACGAAUAUGGGUAGUGAAAGUAUGCCGUCUGUGGAAACAGAGAAAAAGCGUGAAGAAUCAAUGAAACGUCUCAUAGAAUGGAAACAACGAAUGUUACAAUCCCCAUUAAAUCAUAAACAAAAAUCCCGUCGAAAAUGUCACGAAAUGCAACGAUAUGAAUCUGAAAGUCCGUCCAAUAGCGAGCACAUAAACUCGAUUACACAACACCGUUCAAGUAUUAAUAAUAGUAUUGGAAGUGGUGUAAUUGCAUCAUCCACUCCAACAAACACAGCUAGUCGUUAUCAUAAUCACCGUCCAAUACCGUUGGCAUCAGCAUCAUCCGUACCAAAUACAAGUUAUUCCUCAGACGAUGAAGAUACAGAGAGGUCUGGAAGCGUCGAUGCACAGGCAGGUCGGACCCAACAAGUGUACACGACAGCUGAUAGUAAUGACGUAUCAAUGGCAACCACAACGAUCUCUGUAUCAGCCACUGAUGAUAUAACAGACACGGAUGACCAACCAAAACAAGAUGAAUCGAAAAAUUCGGAUUUAAAAUCCGAGGAACAACAUUACAUGAUAAUGGUACCAAAAAAAUCAAUAUUAGCUCCAAACUCAUCGCAUAGUGGCGCUGUUGCGUUAUUUGAAUCACUAUCUUGCGAAUCGGAGGAAAGUUCGUACGUUGAAAUGAUGCAAACUUUGGGUCCAUCGAUACUUAACACCGAAUCGACAGAGAUUAAUGAUACCACGAAUUUAAAUAGUGACAUGCAAACGUAUGAAACUGUUUGUUUCGAUGAUAAAUCAGCGACAGAACCGGUGUACAUGGAACUAUCGAUGAAUAACGAUAGUAAAGAUUCGAAUUUAUUUAUUCCGUCCAAUUAUCAAACGCUACCUGAUAUUUUAAUCAGUUCAGAGAAACAAAAAUCUUCGAAAUCAGAUAGUUCUGAUGCAGAUGAUGAAGCAUCGAAAGAUUUUAAUUCUCUCGACGCACCUACUCAACCUAGAUUUAGCUUAUCAGAUACUUUCCGUCCAGCAUCGUAUUAUCUCGGUGUGAAUCGUGUUCUAGCUGAAUUUCACGACAGCUCAGAUAGUGAGUUAGUCUCACCGCCACCAAUCCCUCCAAAUUCAUCCCCACUGUUACUUGAUGAUCUCGAAGGGGAAGAAUUAACUAGUGAUAAGAAAAAAUCUGAUUUUGUACAACUUCGAAAAUUAAAUACGAAACUUAUAAACACACAUUUUCGAUCUUAUUCAGCAAUCGAUCCCUCAUAUUCAUCGAAAUCGAUAUCCGAAUUUGAUAACAUAAAUAAGCGUCGACCUGUAUCCAGUGAUUUUUGUACGAAAUUAGAUCGGGAGCUAUUUAAUCGUGAUAAUAUUUACACACCAAUGAUGCCUUAUAACGAGUUAUACGAGACUGAGAAUAUUUACGAGAAUAUUAGUGUGGUUAAACAGAAAGUCGAUGUUUUACGAACGGAGAAAGCUGAAAGUUUAUCCGAAUCACUUUGUUCAUCGACGAAUUUUAUUAAUUCAUCAUUUGAUACUACAUCAAGUAAUAUUUCACAAUUUGGUGCACAAGAUUGUUCGAAAUCGGGCUUAGAAGAUAGUUCGCAGAGUUCGGAUACAAUUAUUUCUCAAUUGUCCAACGAUUAUUAUUUAUUUGAAUUAUUACGUUCGAAUACUAGUGAUUCUUCGACGAAAAAUUUAAGUUUAAAUAAUGAUAUGAUAACGGACUCCAAAUUGGAUAAACAACUUCAAAAAGCGGAUAUGUUUCAAAUAGCUUUAGCUACCAAUAAACCCGAAACAAUUGAUAUUACUAAAGGUGGAAAAAUUAAUAAUAAAAAUAUUUAUAUGGAUGAUCCAGAGAACUGGAAUAAGGAUAAUACGGAAGUCGUUCGUAGAUCAUAUUCAUUGGAAGGUUUAUUACAAAAUGUCCUGAAGGAUAAUCAAAAAGGAUACGCUAAAAAUAUUAAUGAAAUAAAAAAGGAUGUUCCCGAGGAAAUAACAAAUGAAGGAGAUCGUUUAUGGGAGGAAGAUGGUGUUUGGCAAGAGAAUUUACGACGUGCAAGUCACAGACAUGCCCGUUCCUUAGACGAUUUACAAACAGUUACAACUGUAACGUCUCAUAAAAAAUUAACACGUGAUGUAACAUACGUAAAUGAUUACGUAACGUCAACGUUAAAAGAUAAAGAUGUGAAAAAUCGAUCGAAUAAAUCGUUUAUUAUCGAUCGUGAGAAAUUACGUCAAUGGGAUUUAAUGUCAAGUGCACCGGUUUUAAGUCGUAGUGGUGGGAAUAAUACCGGAGCACAACAGUUAGGUGUACCGUCGAAUAUGAGUUUAACCGAAGAUAAAUUAGUGGCUGAUAUUGAGAAUGAUAAUAUUGAGAAACCUAACUCCGAUCAAAAUUCAGCAUCUGGAUCAGUGUCUAUCGUAUCAGGUCAUGAUGGGCAGUCCAUGGAGCAUCCUCAAUCCGCAUGGCUUCUACAACCUGAUCAAGGUCGACGUACCCCAAUUCGUUCGAUUCCAUCUACAAGUACUUAUCAAAUUGCUUCUCCUCAAUUUUAUGAUGAGAAUGACAGGUACCCAUGUCGAGCUGGAAGUUUACCAAGAAAUUCACAUUAUGCAGCCCAAAAUAAAAGAAGACAAUCAUACCAAAAGGCUACAAUGACAUCACAAGAUGAAAAUCAAAAAUUAGAAAAUAUACAAAGAUUAGAACAAUUAAAACUGCAAAUAUUAGAUUUAGGAAAACGGUAUGAGAAAAAUAAACCAUUGGUCAAUUUGGUUGAUAACAUGGUAAAAUUAGGUUCCUUAUACCAAAAAAAUGGGAAUAGUCGUAAUGAAAAACUGAAUGGUGCAAGAAAUCGUGAACGAUUACAAUUUAAUCAACAAGUCCAAGAGCGACGAUUAUUGGCUGAAGAAAAACGUGAUUGGAAAAAAAUCAAUUUAAAUCAUGCACAAUUACAGAGUAAAAUCCAACAAUUAUAUGAAUUAGAUAACGCCUUACGUCAUGAAUCUGGAACGUUGGCUGGUUUACGAAAGGAGAAAGAAUAUUUAGAAGGUGCUUUACAAUCGUUACAAAAUAAAUUAACGGAUUCUGAAUUACCAAGUACACCGCCAGCUGAAUUGGAUCGAGUUCGACGUCAUCAACAACUUUUGGAGCGUGAAUUGAGUCGUGUUCAUGUUUUAUUGGCUUACAAUUCAAAGAAAUUGGAAGAAACGGUUGCUGGUAAUGCUCGAAUCGAACAAGAGCUAUUGGUACUUCGACAAAAAUUGCAAAUGACUCAACGCCAGAGAAAACAACCUUAUUUAUCGAAUACAAUACCAAAGGAACGUAAGUCGUUAGCAGAAUCAGCUCCAGAAAUGGAAAGUGAAUUAAAACGCGUACAAUGGCUUAUGGGUGAUUUACAAAAACAACGACAAGAGCUAAGUGUACAAGUCCGACAUUUAACAGAUAAAUCGCAAAAUUUAGCCCAUCAAAUGCAAUGGCCAAUCUCAAACAACACUUCAAUCGAUAACACCAACGAUCUCGAAGCAUCUACAUCUUCGUUACGUAGCUCAUCCGCACGCUCACAUUCACCAAGUUCACUAAAACGGACACAAUGGUUAGAAACCGAUUUAGAUAUUUGCUCGGAGAAUAAACCGCAGAAUUAUCUACAUAACAGUGAUGAUGGGUUAUUCUCAACGGAUUUAAGUGAGAAUCCACAGUCGAAUUUAUACGAGAAACAAGAAAUCAAAACUGUUCGCAUUGUGAAACGUGAAAGUGAACGAAGACACCGUGAUAGGGAACGAACUGGAAUUGGUAGUACGCUUUCUUUGGCAAUACCUCCAGCACGAUUGGCAACAAUGGGUACUGGGAGUGGAGGUGCUUCAUCAAUGUCGAUGGGUUCGUUAAAACAACGUGAUCAUGGUAUAUCGUCAAAUGAUUUAGCGUCGCAUUAUUAUAAAGAUGAAGAUCUCGAACAAUCGUCAAAUAUUUCUUCACAUGUUCUAUCCAAGUCCACGGAUUCGUUAGCAACCUAUAAUAAAAAACCAUGUGGAAAUCCACUUUCGCCGCCUUUACAAACUGCGUCAUUAGGACGUCGAAUAGUUCCCAAAGAAAAACGUAGACAUCAUACUGCACCCGAUAAUAACCAUAUUAGUCGGGAUCUUAGUCUACUUUCAGCUAGUGAUGGAGAUACAAGUUCGUGGCUAAAAAGUGAAAGAUCAUUGGACGAUUUAGACAUGGAAAGAGCAUUACGACCUAGAAUAAAUACUCCAGAUGUGGUGCGAUCUACAUUAGGCCAUAAAGAAAUUAAAUACAACGAGCGCACCAUAGAUAAUAUCCUAGGAACCCCAAGUAAAAUAAUCAUACCUGAACGAUACAUGCCACAAGAUUUACCUGAAUUAUCCGCCGAAGAGGAGCGCCAGCGUAUGCGUAAAGUUGAAUCCAUUAAGAAAAUGUUAUCAGAUAGUACGGCCUUACCCACUACAUUGGAUACGAGUCGUUUGGGCCAAGGUACCGAGGGUAAAUCAUUCACAAUGUCCGAGGAAAAACGUCAACGCGAACAUUUGUUACAAUUAAAUCAAAUUUUAGCGAAACAAGUGAUUGAGAUGAGCAAAAUUGUUGCUGAAAAAGCCUUAAACUCGUUGCCACAGAUUCCAGCACCGCCAUUGGAUGAAGAUGAAUUAUCUCCAAUAACACCAUUACCAUUAUAUCAACAACGUGAAAAUUUUUACUCAUAAAAGAAAAAUUUGUACUUAAAA